AUGUCUCUGUCGCCGCAGAAUUUCGGCCUCGUUAGGGAAGGGAUAGGAUGUGCUGUUCUCAAGCCCAUUCCUGUCCCAAAGCUGAAGUCCGACUACAUCUUGGUUCGCACGGUUGCCGUCGCGCUCAACCCCACCGACUGGACAAGUCUCGACGCUGUCGGACAAGACGGAACCAUUGUCGGGUGUGAUUACUCUGGGAUUGUCGUCACUGUUGGUGAAUUGAUGAAGGAUAGGUUCAAAAAGGGGGAUCGCGUGGCUGGCUUUGGCCAUGGAGCCAACGACUUCAACCCGGAGAAUGGUGCUUUUGCAAAGUAUAUCGCCGUAAAAGGCGCCCUCCAAAUGCACAUACCCGAAAGUGUGAGCUUUGAGGCCGCAUCUACCGUCGGCGUUGGGGUUCACACCGUGGGCUUUGGGCUGUACAAGUCCCUGGAGCUUUAUCCCCCAGGAGAAGGCAAGAAUGUCGACGCUGACAAUAUCCUCAUCUACGGGGGAAGCACGGCAACUGGGACCAUUGCUAUCCAAUUCGCACGCCUUUCAGGUCUGAAUGUCAUAACGACCUGCUCUCCAAAGCAUUUUGAGAUGGUCAAAGCCCUCGGUGCGAGCCAGGCAUAUGACUACCAUGUCCCGGAUGUUGGCAGACAGAUCUAUGCGGCGACAAAUGGCAAACUGAAGAUUGUGUUUGAUACGGUCGCCACAGAGGCCACGGCACAGAUCUGUGCGGACGCCUUUGGUGACGCCGGAGGGGUGUACUGCAAUCUCUUAAAUGUUGACUGCCCUCAUCCAAAGGUCCGAUCCGAGUUCUUCCUCGGCUACAGCCUUUCGGGCGAGCCAUUCAUCUACGAGGGAGAAUUCUUUGACGCACAGCCGGACGAUCUGGCCUUUGGCUCCGCCUUUGCGCGAGUCGCCGAACGGCUCUGGCGUGAGGGAAAGUGGAAGCCGCAUCCGCAGCGCGUGGAGCGUGGCGGCCUCCUCGGCGUCGUAGAUGGGCUGCAGCAAAUGAUAGAAGGGAAGGUUAGCGGUGAGAAGCUCGUUUAUCUCAUUGAGGAGACAGAAUGGCCUUGA